GGGACAUGGCGGCGGCCGCGGCGGGAGGCGAGGGGAACCCGUCCCGUUGGGCGGGCGCCAGCGGCUCGGUGCUUUCAGAGCUGCAGCGGGAGAAGCGGCUGGUGUGCGUGGAGUACCCCGGCGUGGUGCAGGACGUGAGCAAGACCCUCCUGACCCUGGGGGGCGAAGAGGGGGUCUCCCGGACCUAUGCCGAUCCCAGCAAAAGACUUGAGCUGUAUUUCCGUCCAAAAGACGCCUACUGUCACCCGGUGUGUGCCAAUCGCUUCCCUACCUCUUCCAUGCUGCUUAAAAUAAAGAGGAAAACGAGGAAGAAACAGACAGAGGUGGGAGGGCUGGAAGAAGAAGAAAUCAAGUUUGAAGUGGAGGUACUUGGUGUAAUUGCCACCGUUUAUAAGUUUCAAGGUAUGUCUGAUUUCCAAUACUUGGUAAUGCAUUCAGAGCCAGGCGGUAAACAAACAUCAAUGUAUGACAAAGUCUUGAUGCUCAGGCCAGAAAAAAAAGAUUUUUUUAUGAAUGAGCUACCACUUUAUAUUCCUCCACCCAUUUUCUCACGCCUGGACACUCCUGUUGAUUAUUACUAUCGGCCAGAUGUGCAACACAGGGAAGGCCAUCACAACCCUCCACUUUCUAGCAACAGCCUGAUUGGUCUCAGCAGGGCACGUCGACCCCACAAUGCUAUCUUUGUCAACUUUGAGGAUGAAGACGUCCCCUCAAAGCCCUUGGAGGCAGCUGCACAGGCUUGGAGGAAAGUUUGCAGCAAUGUUGUGGAUCACCAAGCAGAAGAAGAACUGAAGAAACUUUUUGAACUCCGUCCUGUGUGGUCCCGCAAUGCAGUGAGAGCCAAUCUCAGCAUCCACCCUGAGAAACUCAAACUGCUUCUACCCCAUUUAGCUUAUUACAUGCUCACGGGUCCCUGGAGAAGCCUCUGGGUUCGCUAUGGUUACGAUCCCAGGAAGCAUCCUGAAGCAAAAGUCUAUCAGGUCCUGGAUUUCAGAAUUCGCUGUGGCAUGAAAUAUGGGUGCACCCCAAAUGACAUGCCGGUGAAAGCAAAACGCAGCACAUACAACUACAGUCUCCCGAUUACUCUUAAAAAACCAGGAAGUCAUACGCUUGGCAUCCAAGACCUAAAACAAGGGCUGAGCACAUCCGGGACAUCCGGUGCGAAGUCCCCAGUUUUUAGCAAGUACAAACUUAAAGACUCCAUUUAUAUCUUCCAGGAAGGGUCUUUGCCCCCUUAUCGACAGAUGUUCUACCAGCUGUGCGAUUUGAAAGUGGAAUGCUUGCAGAAGAUCAUCCACCGAAAUGAUGGCACGGAGGUGGCCUGUACGGAGCGGGACGGCUGGUGUCUUCCGAAGACCAACGAUGACUUGAGGGAUGCCAUGUCGCUGAUGAUAAGGCAGAUCAUCCGGUCGCAAAGGCCAGCUCUGUUCCGAAGCUCUUCCUGUGCUGCAGAGGGCAAAGAACGGCUGGCUUUUGAAUCUGGGGAAGAGGAGGAGGAGGAGGAGGAAGAAGAGGAAGUGUUCAAGCCCUCGGACGGGAGCGAAAACGAAAUGGAGACUGAAAUUCUGAACUACAUGUAAUGGCCUGGAGCUGAUGGGCUAGACUGGUUCUUGUGUGGGGGGGAAGUUUUGCUCCUAACUUUGGAGGAAACAUGGAAGGAAGGAAGGAAGGAAACAAAACCAGCCAACAGGCUGCAUUGUGUCUUUGACUUGACCGGCUUGGUGCAGAAGCAUCGUUCAUAGGCUGCGUCUUGCAGCGUUGCAUGCUUUUUUUUUCUGAACAGCAACAGUUGGGUUUUGCCCUUUCCUGGAUGCAUCCUCCUUCAGCUGCUGUGUUCAAAUGCAGAUAUGAAACCCUCACUUCGAGGAAUCCCUCUGCCAUUUCAGCAUAUUUGCAGUCAUGGACUGAGCCCGUCUAACUCCAAUUUUGACUCAUGGUCUUAUUCUGGAUCGGCCCCGCAGAACUCCGAAGCAAGUCUUGAUGGUUUCUCAGGCCUUCAAAACUGGCAAGCAAAAUUACCAUUCCGUUCUUACUAUGACUUUGUUGUUCCUGCCCUUGUCAGACCAAAGUAAUUUGGAAUUCGUUUCACGAAGCCGUGAGAAAAACCUCUGUGAUUCUAUUGUUCUGGUUUUUGCGGGGCAUCUGAGAAACAAAUGGAAAGCCCAAGGGGUUUCCACUGUCUUGUUCAGCGAGAGAGAUUUCUUUUUCACCUUGAGCGCGAGUAAAGGAAUAGAUUUGUGCCUUCAGAAUAGUUUAAGUGAGAUUUGUUUUCAGGAUGCUUGGAAGCAACUUGGAGCUACUUUAUUUGAAAAUCCAAUUUGGAGACAGCUGCCUUUGAGAACAACCCCCUGCUUAGUGCAGGAUCUGGGCAAGAAUAUGAAUGUUCUGGCCCAACACUUUGAUCCCAACUUAAGAAGGAACUUGAAAAAGUUCCAGAACGUAUCUACAAAUUUGGAAUUGCUGGGGUAGAUGAAUUCAAAAUACAUUCUACAGGUAGUCCUCAACUUACGACCACAAUUAGGACUGGAACUUCCGUUGCUAAGCAAGGCAGUUGUUAAGUGAGUUACACCUGAUUUUACAACCAUUUUUGCCAUGGUCAUUAAG